AGGCCUGUUAUUCUGGGGCCUGUCCUGGCAGGCCACUGGGAGGGUAUAUAAGCCUCCCCCCUGCAACUGGGGACCACUGAGAACACACAGUGGAAACAUCUCUGCCCGACACUCCAGAAAACAUCCAGCAGGCAUUUUAAAUCCGCUCAGGGGCACCAUGCUUCCAGCAUAAUGUCAGCUAAAGUUGCCAUCCAGAAGUUCUCCUUCCCCUUCUCCUGUGCUGCGCGCCUUUCCCAGCAAGAUGAGGUGACACAGAAGGGAUGCGUCCAGGUUAAGGCCCUGGAGCUCAACGACCUCCAGGAGAAACGAAUCACAAGCGACUCGAGCUCUGUUGCUGUGGUAGGAGCUCUGGUACAUCAUGAGACCAAGGGGAGUCCGAAGCCUCCCCCCGAGGGAGCCGCACAGGUCCUGGUCUGUGCAGAAGCUUCCCAGAGUUCUGUGCUCUCCAGGCAGAGCGUGUUCGAGAAACUAGCGGCUGAAAGUGAAGAUCAGCGUCCUGCGGCGAAGAGGCAGCUGUCGUCCGAGAGCGCGGCCCGGACCAUCACUGUGGUGAAGAAGAGCGCGGUAAGGAAGGAGGCGGAGGAACACAGGCACCUGAAAGCGAAAACACACCUGGGACAGAGGGUGGCACCUGGCUCUGUGGCGGCGGGGAAGAGGAGGCAACGAAAGGACCUGUUUGCCAGCUCAGAGGUCUUCCACAGGGUUGAUACUCAUGUCAUCAGGGCCGGAGUGGAGCUGAAGGAAAAAUGUGUGUACGAUGUGAAGACGAUAGUGCAGAGCAUCACACAAGGAGCCAGAAAUGAGCUGGAGAGGCUUCGUGCCAUCUGGGUCUGGCUGUGCCACAACAUCGAGUACGAUGUGAGUGGUUACCUUGGCCGCUCGGAGAAGCUGAGCUCCCCGGAGGAGGUGAUUGCAGCCGGUCGGGGUGUGUGCUGCGGCUACUCCAGCCUGUGUACAGAGAUGUGCAGAGAGGUGGGCAUCGAGUGCCAAGAGGUUCCGGGCCACAGUAAGGGCAUCGGGUAUCUUCAGGGCCAGAGCCUCAAGAAUGUGAAAUCUGAUCACCUGUGGAACUCUGUGCUCCUGGGAGGACAGUGGUUCCUGUUGGACGCCUGUUGGGGGGCAGGACGAGUGGAUAUGGAACAUGAAAACUUCGUCAAAAGGUUCGAUGAUUUCUAUUUUCUAACGGACCCAGAGGAGUUUAUUGAGACGCACUUCCCCGAUGAGGAGAAAUGGCAGCUCCUGGACACGCCCAUCCCCCUGGAGGAGUUUGAGAGGAGGGUCUUCAAGACCUCGGCCUUCUUCAACAUGGGGCUCAGACUGAUUCAGCCUCAUCACUGCCACAUCGUCACAGAUGAUGGCGAGGCAAAUGUGUCCCUCAGCUUCUCCAGGCCAACAACUUUUACCUAUGAGAUCACGCAGCACCAGGACUUUCUCCAUUGUGGAGCUCCAGAGCAGAAAGAGUCCAGCAACUCGUCCUUUGGCCUUCUAACGGUUUCCCAUCGAAGCAUGAAGCUGCAGCUCCUGCCGCCUACAAGCGGCACGUAUGACGUGAAGGUGUUUGCCAGACCUGAAACAGCCACCACACCUCUGAUUUGGGUCUGCUCCUUCACAGUUGAGUGUCCAAACCCCAGGGCCAUGGAGGUGAUCCCAGAGAACCCCUUCUUGUCUUGGGGUCUGCAGCCUGUUGCAGGAUCUCUGGGCGUUGCAAGCAGCAGCCAGGGCAGUAAGGCUGCUGAGGUGGAAGAAGGUAUCUUUGAGUUGUCUUUGAAGACAUCCAGGCCUCUGAUGGCACUGUGUGAACUGGUCCACCCAGAGCUAGAAGCUGCUGUAGCCAAGCGCUGCCUGGUUACUCAGAUUCAACCGGAUGUCCUGACCUGCCACGUCCUGUGCCCCUUGCGUGGCUUUUACCGGCUGUCGGUGUUUGUACGGGACUACGAGAAAACAGAAGUCAAAUUCCAGAAUGCUGGAAACUUCCUGUUGCAUUGCAAAGGCAAAGUGAUCGGUACGGAUGAGCUGUUCCCCCCGAACCUUGGCUCGGCGUGCGGGCCGGGGACACGCACAUCAGAAGCAGGGCUGUCCAAAUUCAGCCACACGUCAGCGCUGGUGAGCACCCAGCAAGGCAAGUGUAACAUAACCUUCCACAACCAGCGGGACCUUGAGCUUCACACCAUGCUGAGCAAAGAAGAGAACAAAGCAGCAGCCAUCCCGCUGUCACGGCACAUCUUCUGCACGUACACAGACAGCAAGGUGACAGUGAGUGCCAGCCUACCUGACGCCGGGGUGUAUCGGCUGGGCCUGUAUGCUAAGAUCACCCCUGGUGGAGAUUUUAACCCCAUGUGUGACUUUGUUCUGAGGAACAGCUGUGAUCAGCCGGGGCCUCCAUUCCCCUGCGUCUACUCAGCCUGGAGGAAAGGCUGUGUGCUCUUUGAGCCUCGUGUGGGCCUGCUGGAGCCCCUCUCAUGGGUCCGCUUCAGGGUGAGGGUCCCUGGGGCCCAGAGAGUGAGCGUGAUGGGAGAGACAAGAACUGACUUGAAACUGAAUAAGAGCAGAGUCUGGGAGGGAGAAGUUUUCAGCGGAAAUGGUCUCAAAGUUCUGAAACUUGCCGCUGCAACCUCGGGAGAGUCCACUGACAUGGCUGUUUUGAUGACCUUUGACAUCAAGCAGCUGGAGAGAGAAGUGUGAACACAGCUGGUCGAGAACAGAUGGCUGGUUGUCCGAACAUUAGCUGUUAACUGCCUUGUGAGGUCAUUGUUAUGGACUAAUGCAAAUAACACCGGGGUAGCAAAUAUUUGCCAAUAUUCUAACUGUGAGCCAAAAUCUUUCAGGUUUAACUGCAUCAACAUACCACAGAUACAGUCAUAAUAAGGUGUACGAAUUUUGAAUUUGAAAUAUGAUCCUGUGAAUGUGUGAACUUUGUAGCAAUGAAGUGGUACAAAUGCAAUGCCAAACUUAUGUGGAAAUUGUUUGGCAACUUUUUUGAAAGCUAUUAUUUGAUCCAAGUAGUGUUCAGUACAAUAAACAAACACUGGUGCUCAGCUGUGGUGCUCAGCCAUGAUAUAAUACUGAUCAAGAGUGCAUUUGUGCAUUAUUAAUAUUAAUAUGUUAUAAGAAAUAAACCUGCACUCUUAAAUAAUGGUUGUCAAAAAGCGUGCAAUAAAAAUAU